AUCGCGGCUGUUGGACAUGCGAUUAUGACUACCAGAUCCCCAGACAUCCCCUGGCAGAUGAGGGCAGCCCGGGUGCUGCCCAUGUUCUUGGUUCCUGCUUUAGCUGCUCUCAUCUACUCAGCUAUUACAAGCAUUGCGAAAUUUCUUGAUAAUAGAGAUCAACAUACUCUUGAAAAGCUUCGUGCUGAAAGGCAGGCCAAGAUUGAUGAGUUGAAGGAGAGAACAAACUACUACACUACCCAGCAACUUAUACAGAGAUAUGAUCUUGACCCUGCUGCAAAGGCGGCUGCAGCAAGUGUUUUGGCAUCUAAGCUGGGCGCAGAUUCUGGAUUGAGAGUCUUUUUGGGAGAUGAGUCGAACGUGGAUGGAAGUAAAAGUAAUGAUCAGCACGGACAGACUUCUGGCCUGAGGCAAAGAAAACCAGCCCACUCAGGUCAUGGCUCUGGACCGACCCAUGCCUCUGAGCCAUCAGACGGCUCGAGUAUAUAUGAUGGUAACGAAAGCCCCACUGCAAAUCGGACUGUUGAGCACUUUAGAGGCCAUGCUGGCAAUGAUGGCGGAUGGCUCGCACGGGUGGCCGCUCUGCUUGUAGGGGAGGAUCCAACACAGUGCUUUGCACUAAUAUGUGGCAACUGCCAUAUGCAUAAUGGCCUUGCGAGGAAAGAGGACUUUGCAUUCGUUACAUACUACUGUCCUCACUGCAAUGCUCUCAACGGAUCGCGGCAACAGGAGGACGGUGAAAUGGUGACUCCUACCGACCGCUCCUUUGGUAACAGCGUCCAAGCCGGCGCCAGCCUUGCGGACUCGGGCGUCAGCAGUCCUGUUGGGAGGAGCUUGCCGACCGUUGAAGAACUGCCUGCAGAAAGUUCUGGUGCGAGUAACUCAACGAUCGCUGAACAGCCUCGAGCAGAGAGUUCUUCUGCCGCAAAUAACUUACCACCAACUGUUGAAGUUCCACCCGCCGAUCAGCUUGCCAGCUGAACUUUCUUCUUCUGAAAGAAAUGUGUUCGCCAGUUCUUGCUUCCGCGCUAGUUGCAUCGUGAGAUGGCGUACCAGAGCUUUGGACGCAGAUUCUUGUGCCUACCACCACGGCACCACCUAUGCAUAUAGAUGCGGAUUAUUGGUGUGUUGUGCUUGAAAUGGAUUGUUCCACUUGGUGCUGCUAGGAUACUAGGGUGAUGGAUGCCCAUUUGCCGGCAUCUUGUCCAGCUGCUUGAGUGAUGGGUUGCUUUGCUUCUCUUGAGUGUAUAGCUUUCUUUCUCUUUUGGGAAGUUGAAUUCCACACCUUUUGUAAUAUAUUAUCAGUCAUGCAAUGUGUAGUAUCAGUUUCUCUUUAUGUAAAUGCUGGUUUUGGAAUA